AUGCUCAAAGGUAACGGUGUCCUGGGUGAGGAUGAGGUUGCUCAGUUGUGUGUGCGUGUGAGAGUGUGUGCUCAUGAGGAGCAAGCGGAUUUGACUCUAACUUCAUGCGAGACGGAUCUGUUGCGCCAAGGCGGAGGGAGCCACGAGGCAGUCGGAUUGAGUUCAUUUGCCUAUGGUCGAGCUGGAGAGAAUGCAGCUCAGCUACCGAAAGGCCACACGAUCGGAAAGGAAAGACAGAGAGAAACAGAGGGAGCGGGAUUGACACAUCAGGCACAGAGUGAGACAGAUUGA